GUAUUUAAUAUCUGCAAUGCCAAUCAGAUCUCUCAGCCGAUUGCAGCAAAACGGGGCCUUCGAUUUGGUAGUUACCGGAUGGGCACCAUCGUCGACGGCCAGGCGUCGCCGCUGGCUCUCAAGUCAAAGAAACGGAAGCAGGCAGAGAGGAAAGGGAUUUCAAGAGCCAACGGCAUCGCUUCCUGCCUAUUCAAGUACUGGCGGCAACGCUACUCCCUCUUUUCCAGGUACGACGCCGGCAUCAAGAUGGACAAUGAGGGGUGGUUUUCCGUCACUCCUGAGGCCAUCGCUGCCUCACACGCUGCUCAUGCUGCCUCCUCGAGUGCCGCCGUCGUCAUCGACUGCUUCGCUGGCGUUGGCGGCAAUGCUAUCCAGUUCGCUGCUAGGGGUUUUCUUGUGAUUGCUGUUGAGAUUGAUCCCCGAAAGGUUGAUUAUGCUGUUAAUAAUGCAAGAGUCUAUGGUGUGAAGGAUAGGAUUGAAUUUGUUGUUGGGGAUUUCUUCAGCUUAGCACCUUUUCUGAAGGGUGAUGUUGUGUUCCUUUCACCACCAUGGGGAGGUCCUUCAUAUAGCAGAAUUCAGACUUUCACGCUUGAUAUGCUAAAGCCUAAAGACGGGUAUUUGAUCUUUCAGGCUGCUCAAAAAAUAUCUCCCAACAUUAUCAUGUUCCUUCCCCGUAAUGUGGACUUAAGGCAAGUGGAAGAACUUUCUUGGUUAUCUAGCCCGCCAUUAGCGUUGAAGAUUGAAGAGAACUACAUGGAAACUAGUUUGAAAGGAAUAACGGCAUACUUUGGUGACAUUGCAUUAGUACCAUCCAAGUCAUCCCUUUCGAAAACGGACAUAAGUUGAUGGUCAUUGUAAAGACUGUUGUCCUCAAAGUUGCCAUGUCUUGCCAAGGUUGCGUUGGUGCUGUGAACAGAGUUUUGUCAAAGAUGGAAGGAGUGGACUCAUUUGAGAUUGAACUUAAGGAACAGAAAGUGACUGUGAAGGGUAACGUGAA